ACAUUCUAUAUACAUAUCUAUUCUCUUUUUGGAAAUAACCCCUAAUAUUGGUGCCGUGACCGACUGUUUUAUUAUUUAUUAAUAAUAAAACACGAACCAACACAUAAAUCUUUCAUAUACCAUCGGAAUUUUAAAAAAAAUAAAAAUAAAUAUAUAUACAUAUCGGUAAGUGAUUACAUUUUUUUUAUUUAUUUAAUAUAGAGGUAGCUCCAUUGGAAGCUGCCUGGAAAACCUCGAUUGAAUUAAAGAGAUAGUUCCAUUGGGAAUUGUCUGAGAGGAAAAAAAGAAGAGAACCACUCGAUCAUUAUUAUACAUACAACGUUAUCAAUUAAAUUCCACAUUAUAUUAUCAUAAUUUUAUUAUUGUUAUUAAAAUAACGGCUUAUAAUCUUCGAAGUGCUGGUAACGAUCCAGAAUUUACUGGUGAUUUAUUAACAAAAACAUCUGAACGUACAGUAAAAAGAUUAACUCUGGACUCAUUAAAUAAUACUACCGAACAAAUUCAAACAAUGUCUCACACUGCACAAGAUUCAGCGAUGAUGAUAUGUUAUCGUGAAUGUUUAUCAAAUCUGGACAAAUUCAAUGGUGGUGAAGAUCAAAAAGUUUCACAAUAUAUUAAUAAUAUUGAAAGGAUUGGAAGAAUGAUUAAUGCAAAUGAUGAUAUUUUACAUUGUAUGUGUACAGCAAAAUUAGAUGGGGAAGUGAAACGCUGGUAUGAAGACAAUAUGACAUUAACCAAAUGGGAAAAUUUAAAACCAGCAUUAUUAGAAAGAUUUACAACAUCGGAUUCAACAUCGAAAAUAUUUGAACAAUUGAAAGAACGAAAACAAAAAUCAGAUGAAACAAUUACAUCGUAUUAUGAUGCUGUCAUCAAAUUAUGUCGUGAGUAUGAUUCAUCCAUGUCACAAAAAAUGAUGAUAUCGUGGUUACAAAAUGGAAUUAAAGAUUCAUUGAAGACUCAAAUUAAACGACAAAUGAAAUUGUUACCUGAAUCAGCACGAACAAUUCAAGCAUUCUUAAAAAUUGCUAAAGAUGAACAAGAAUUACAAGAAGAAGAUUCUUCUGAACUCCAAGCAACACAAUCUUAUUUACCAUACAUUACGAAUACCGUAUCAACAACAGCACAACAAACACGAAGCAACUCCGAAAGGAUACCAACAUUAACAUACUCACCAUCACGACACACAACAUAUAAACAAUAUGCUCCAUCAUCCAACCCUUUAGAUUCAUUAAAGUCACAACAAAAAAAUUACAGUUCAACUUCCCGACCAUCACCUAUUUUACAUAAACGGGAAUCACAUUAUUCAUCAAUUAAUAAUUCAUCACGACGUCAAGACGUAAAUGUUAAACCUUAUUCACCUACACAACAUGAUUCUCAACGACGACCGUGUGGUGUAUGCCAACGCAUUAAUCAUCGAACAAUUGAUUGUUAUUACAAGAAAUUAUAUGGAUCUGGAACCCGUGAUGGUGGUCACUCCAGUAGUAAAGAAAAUCCAUCAACAACAAAUUAUACAUCACCAACAUCAUCAACUCCUAUUCAUAUAAAAGUUCAAGUAAAUAAUAAACAACAUCAAGCUAUUGUCGAUACUGGAUCUGCAGUCACCAUUAUUAAUCAACAAUUAUUAAAAACAAUUUAUCAUAAGGAAUUUACUUACAAGAAGAAAUUACACAAAUCAGCCAAUUGUUCAUCGAUUAAUAUUAUUGGUGAAAUUCAACUUGAAAUUAAAAUACAAGGACAUAAAACAUUAAUUUUAGCAGAUGUUGCAACUAAUCUUAUUACUGAUUUAUUACUUGGAAAUGAUUGGAUUACAGCAAACAAUGUUAUUAUCGAUUCACCACAACAAUGCAUUUAUCUCACUGACAACAAACGAAACAUUCUAGCAACAGCAACAUUCGUUAAACCGGCACACCUUCAAUUACCAGUACUAUUAACCGAUGAAAUUACUCUUCCACCGCACUCCGAAAAAUGCGUUAACAUCAAAGUAUUAUCACCAACAAUGAACAUAACCGAAGCUUUAUUUGAACCAGCAGCAUAUUUAUAUUCGAAACAAAUGUUACUUACGAAUGCAUUAAUUAAGUUAGAAGACAACAGAAGUCAAGUUAUGAUUUUGAAUGCAAAUGAUCGUCAAAAGACUUUAUCGAAGAAUACAUCAUUAGGAUAUAUUACAUAUCAAUCCAAAGCCAAUAACUAUCUUAUUUUACCAGUAUUAACAAAAAAUAAAACUGAUCGAUCAACACCUAUAACAUCGAAUUUUUACAGAAGGAACAACUCUUUUGUGAGUCGUUCCUGGAUUCCUUCAAUGAAUAAUAAGAGGAAAGUUCAAUCUACGAACUUUACCUGUCAAAUGAACAACAAUACCGAUCCUGAACAUCAAUGUUAUGUAUGUCAAGAACAAUUUUUAUCACGGAAUGAUUUACAACAGCAUUUAUGUCGGAAAUGCUAUCCACCAGAAAUGCGAGAACAAAUUGGAAAACUAACUCAACACAUCGAAAACGACAAACAACAACAACAAUUACAGCAACUUUUAUGGAAACAUGGUAAAUUAUUUGAUAUUCGUCAACCGUCCAUCAUCAAAGCUACAGUACAUCACGCUAUUGAAACUGGCACUCAUCCACCAACUUAUACUCCCCCAUAUCGUGUUUCUUACAAGGAUGAACAAAUACAGAGAGAAGAAAUUGAUAAAUUACUCAAACAAGGAAUAAUCGAAGAAUCUACAUCACCAUGGUCAUCACCUAUAGUAUUGGUGAGGAAAAAAGAUGGUUCUGUUCGAUUCUGUAUUGAUUUUAGGAAAUUAAACAAUAUUACAACCAAAGAUGCAUUUCCUAUGCCUCGAAUCGAUGAUAUCUUUGAUCAUUUAUCACAUGCUGAAUAUUAUACAACCAUUGACUUUAAAUCUGGUUAUUUUCAAGUGGGACUUGACCCGCAAGAUCGUCCAAAAACGGCUUUCUCAACUCGAGAUCAACAUUAUCAAUUUACAGUAUUACCUCAAGGUGUUACAAAUGGCCCACCAGCAUUUCAACGCAUCGUCAGUCAAAUACUUGGACCUACAAGAUGGCAACAUUCAUUAGCUUAUCUUGAUGAUGUUAUAAUAUAUUCACCAACAUUUGAUCAACACCUUAUUCAUCUCGAUGAUGUUCUUAAUCGAUUAAACAAUGCAAAUUUCCGCCUCAAUGUUAAUAAAUGUCAAAUAGCAAAAACAGCAAUUGAUUUUCUUGGUCAUCACAUCGAACAUAGUAAUGUUAGACCAAAUGCAGACAACAUUCGUGCAUUAAUAGAAACUCAACAGCCAACAACAGCGAAAGAAGCUUUUCGAUUUGUUAAAGCUGCUGAAUAUUAUCGUAAAUUUAUACCAGGAUUUUCUACUAUUGCACAACCUUUAUAUAAAUACGCACCUACUACAAAAGAACAACGAUCACAAAAAUCACAAUCUACUCUCAUUAAUUUAUCAGAUGAUGAAAUACAUGCAUUUAAUGAAUUAAAACGAAUAUUAACGCAUGACUUAGUAUUACGUAUUCCAGAUCAAAAUUUAUCAUUCAAGAUACAAACCGAUGCAUCAAAGAUUGGAAUUGGAGCUGUUCUUAUGCAGACUCAUCCAAAUGGAGAUUUACCAAUUGCAUAUUUAUCGAAGAAACUUACAACAACACAAAUGAACUGGCCUGCAACAGAACAAGAAUGCUAUGCUAUUAUAUUUGCAAUUGAAAAAUGGCACAAAUAUUUAGAUGGACGUUCAUUUAUAAUUGAAACGGAUCAUAAACCAUUAUUACCAUUUAAUACGAAAAAACAAUUAAAUUCGAAAUGUGAACGAUGGCGUUUGAAAUUACAACAAUAUCAAUUUACUAUACGAUAUAUUAAAGGAAAACAUAAUACGGUAGCAGAUUAUUUAUCUCGUUCACCUGUAGACAAUGCAACAAAUGAUGAAGACGAUUAUACUCCAACGACAUCCAGAGCAACACAAACUGAUAAUCAUAUGCAGACACAAAUUAUUGCACCUAUUAUGACUCGUAGACAAGCAAGACAACAGCUUAAUGAGAGGACUGAUCAUCACGUACCAGAUCAGACCUGUAAUGGAAAUCGACAAGAGAGGAAUGUCGACAUAUCAAUCGACCAUUCCUGUAUUCCAAAAGCCGAGCAACUACCAACAUCUAUCCACAACACCGACUCUGAUAGAAUAAUACCAUUUACAUUGGAACAAAUAAAAGAAUUACAACAUCAAGAUGAUGAAAUUAACAACAUCAUUCACAACAUCAAGAACUACAAAGAAUAUUUUGUUAAAAAUAAUCUGUUAAUGAAGAAAAGAUUCCCACCAGUCCCCGUUAUACCUAAGGGACGAAUCCGUUUAGACAUAAUUAAAAUUUAUCAUGAUACACCUGCAAAUGGUGCACACUUUGGUCGGAAUAAAACCAUCCACAAAAUUCAACAGCGUUACUUUUGGCCAAAUAUGGUUUCUGAUAUUCGUAAUUACGUGCAAUCAUGUCUACCUUGUUUAAAAAACAAUCCACUACGACAGAAACCACCAGGUGCUUUAAAACCGAUAAAACCUCCAGAAGGAGUAUGGCAAUUACUUACAAUGGACUUCCAUGGACCGAUUACACCAACAACAAAAAAUGGGAAAAAAUAUAUUAUUUUAUUAACUGAUGUAUUAUCCAAAUUUGUAAUUACAAAAGCAGUACGUGAUUGUACUGCAUUAACUGCAGCACGAUUUCUAACUGAAGAUGUUAUUCUUAAAUAUGGAACUCCAAAAUGUAUUCUUACGGACAAUGGUACACAUUUUACUGCUGACAUGAUGACUGAAUUGUUCAAGAAGAUAGGAAUUACACACUUAUAUUCAACACCCUAUCAUCCGAUGACCAAUGGACAAAUCGAAAGAUUCAAUGCAACGAUGGAUUCGAAAAUAGCAACAUUAUCAAAUGAAAAACGUACUAACUGGGAUGAACAGUUACAAUUCGUUACAUUCAACUAUAAUACCAGCAUCCAUGCAACAACUGGACAAAUUCCAUUUGAAUUAAUGCAUGGACGUUCACCGAUUCUACCCUUUGAUCAACAACAACCAUUAGUUACACUCCCCCAAGAUCCAGAUCAUAAAUCGAAAUUAAAUCAUCAUUUAUCAACUUUAACGGAACAAGCGAGAACGAAUAUACUGAAACGACAAGAGAAAUAUAAAGAACGAUAUGAUCAACAUCGCACAAAUCCACAUUACAAAAUGUCUACUUCUCAUAAAAAUCGUUACUAUUCAUCUACAUAUCAUUAUCAAGAAAAAUCUUCAUCAAUUGUUAAAUCACAAUCGAAUACAACACAUUAUUAUCGUCGUCAACAUCAUUACAUAUCUCCAUUAGCACAACUUGAUAAACUUACACAAAGAUAUUGUCCAGGAAAAUUUAAAAAAAAUAAUGAACUUAAGGACUUAUACAAUAAUGGUAACUGUGGGAAAUUUGAAUUACCUUCAUCGUUAUUUAAAAAAUUUUACAUCAAUCGUCAAACAUCAAUUAGUACUUUAAAUGAUUUAAUCGAUUAUGCUUUUCAUAUUAAAAAUUAUACAAUCGAUACGGAAGAUCAAUUAAAUAAACCACCAAAACCAUCUGAUCCUGCACUCAUUCAAGUUCAAUUUAUUCAUGAAAAUGAUCCAUCAAUUAUUUUAUUAAUCGAAGUAUUUUAUUUACCCCCAGAAAAUUCAUUUACAUUUAACAAAAUCAAACAAUUAUGCAAAAUUAUAUUUUCACCAAAUCAUAUUAUUAAUUCCUGGGGUGAUCCAAAAAAAGAAUUAAAAAAAUUUUUACGAUUUAAAUUAUUUGAUGCUGAUGAUAUUGAUUUUAUAAUACCAAAAAAUACCCAGAAUAUAUUCAAAGGUUGGUUCAAUCGUACGUAUCCACAAUCAAUUCAUAUUAAAGAUGGUGCUGGUGAUCAAUACUCAUUACAAUCAGCAAUGUACAUAACAUUCAAUGAAUGGCUUGACAAGAGAAUGACUCUUGCAAAUUGGGGUUGUGGUAUUGAUUUAUUAUUAGCAACUUAUAUAACAAUGAAUGAUUAUGAUGAUAUUAAAGAUAGAAAAAUUUAUGAUGAAAAACAAAUACGUCAAUUAAUGGAAACUUAUGCAAUCAACGACUGUUUUUCAGUUACAAAGCUAAGUCAAAUAAUGAAACAUUUUGAACCAUCUAAACCACCAUUAGAAGAAAAUAAUAUUUAUAUUUUAGAUUGUGAACCAACAGAAGAAGAAAUACAAUCAAAUGAAUUAUUAAAUGAUAAUGAUACAGUUGAAUCAGUUCAUGUCUUAGAUGAACGGACAACUGUCAAUGAUAUAAUGGAAUUAGAUGAACCGGAUUCGAAUGUCGUAUUCUUGGUUCAUGGACAAACAAAUAUAUUAGAUGGUCUUGAAGCUAUUUCAGAAGGCGAAGAACAGCAACAACCAAUACAAAAUUCAAUAUUAAUAAAUAAAGAAAUAAAAACAACAUCGAAACAUCAUUCAACAUCAAAAGAACAAUUAACUAAAACACAACGCAACAACAUAAGAAAACGAGCAGCUCGAUACAAUUUUAAAGUAACUCGUAAAAUUUAUUACAAAUUUACCACUUUAGAUAUAAAAGGAAUAUUAAUUGACAUGAAUAUACAUUGGUUAAAUGUUAAUGUGAUCAAUUCAACAUUAUAUAUAGGUGUGAAGAAUGAAGCAACACGAAAACACGUGGAAAAUCUAUUACACGACGAAAUGUUCACAGAAGCACAUUAUAAAAGAUUCAAUAAAAAACGUUCCCGUCGGAGGAAAAAUUAA